CUUUAUUUUGGAAUGUGUAACCGGAAGUCUCCUCUAGGCUCUCAACCGCUGCAUUUCUCAGCAGCGGAACGUGUGCAGCGGUAAUGGCUUCCAGGGAGAGAGAAGAGCACAACAAAUGAACCUGAGACCAGAGGCAAAGUGAGGACUAGGAUGGUCAGCAGCCAGCCGAAGUACGAGUUGAUCCAGGAGGUGGGGCGUGGCAGCUACGGCGUGGUUUAUGAGGCGGUGGUGAAGCGCUCGGGGUUCCGGGUGGCGGUGAAGAAGAUCCGCUGCCACUCUCCGGAGAAUGUGGAGCUGGCCCUGCGUGAGUUCUGGGCGCUGAGCAGCAUCCAGAGCCAGCACCCCAACGUCAUCCACCUGGAGGAGUGCAUCCUGCAGAGGGACCAGCUCGCCCAGAGGAUGAACCACGGGAACAGCUCCCCGCUCUACCUGGAGCUGGUGGAGACGUCUCUGAAGGGCGAGAUCACCUACGACCCGUGCUGCGCCUACUACCUGUGGUUCGUCAUGGACUUCUGCGACGGCGGCGACAUGAACGCCUACCUGCUGUCGCGCAAACCCAGCCGCAAGACCAACACCAGCUUCAUGCUGCAGCUGGGCAGCGCGCUCGCCUUCCUGCACCGAAACCAGAUCAUCCACCGCGACCUCAAGCCCGACAACAUCCUCAUCUCGCAGGCCUGUACGCCGGCUGGGAACAGCGAACCCACGCUCAAAGUGGCCGACUUCGGGCUGAGCAAAGUGUGCUCCACGUCCGGGUUGAACCCCGAGGAGCCGGCCAGCGUCAACAAGUGCUUCCUGUCCACGGCGUGCGGCACGGACUUCUACAUGGCGCCCGAGGUGUGGGAGGGACACUACACGGCGAAAGCGGAUAUCUUCGCUCUGGGCAUCAUCAUCUGGGCGAUGGUGGAGCGUAUCACCUUCGUGGACGUGGAGACGCAGAAGGAGCUGUUAGGGACUUACGUUCAGCAGGGGUCGGAGAUCAUUCCGCUUGGCGAGGCGCUGCUGGAGAACCCCAAGAUGGAGCUGCUGAUCCCGGCCAGGAAGAAGAGCAUGAACACACACAUGAAGCAGCUGAUCAGGGACAUGCUGUCGGCGAAUCCUCAGGAGCGACCGGACGCCUUCGAGCUGGAGCUCCGGCUGGUGCGCAUCGCCUGCAGAGAGCUGGACUGGGACACGUGACGAUGCACGGGAGAAAAAUCUGGAUCUCAAACCCGGGGAUUAUUGGUUUUAUUGGAACAAGGGAACAAUAAUUAGUUGUUUGGGUAUGGAGGUGGAUUUGUCUGUUGAGGGAACAGAUCGACAAUCUGGGUGUAAUGGGUAAACUGUAAAUGUAAAACAGCUUCCACAAAUGCGAAAGAAUAUUCUUUAACUCAAAGAAAUAGAAAAUACGAAACUGACCUAAAAACGUACAUGAGCUCAUUUUGAAAUGUAGAAGACAAAAAACGACACUUCUAGUUUUAAGUCCAGUCUUUUUUAAGGAUACUCUCUUUGAACUAAAAGGUGUUGACAUUUGGAUGACAGUUACAAAAGAUAUAUCUAUUUGGAGCCUUAGUGUAAAGAAGACUUCCUAUAUUUCUUAGGAAAACUUGGAAAACCUGCACAAUAUCGGACAUUUGAUCAAAAUCACAAUAUGAACUCGUGAAAUAUCAAAAAUACGGAAAAAACUAACAUUUUUAAAGACUUAAGAUGCGUUAAAAUAUUCACAAAUGCCCAAAAAGUGUUAUAAAAAUUCAAAAAAACCUGUACAUUUGAUCCAUUCACAGAUUUGUGGAAUUUGUUUGUAAAUUUGCCAAAUAGUUUACAAGCUUAAUUUAGCGUUUGUGGAAGGGGUUGUCCUCACAGAUUGCUGCUCUGUUCACACUUCAUCAUAAUAUUGAGACAAAUCUACCUCCAUAUUUGUUUCAUGGCUUCCUCCACUGUCUGAGCACAUGCGGUCCUCCUCUCGCUGUGACUUUAUAUUCGGGUUCGCUGCUUCUGCUUCUAAUGGCGGCUGAGUCUCAGGCUAAUCACAUCACAGCUUCCACUUCCUCCUCGAGCUGCUGGAAGAGCGAAAUGAGCAAGAAGUCCCGAAACUCAAUUAGAGAAGACAGUCUACAAAUACCAUCCUGCCCCUCGGUGCUAAUUGUGACUAAAUGCAAUAUGAGACAUUAUCCUGUGAUCAUUACAGCGUACAUUCAUCCAAAGGCCACCUUUAGCUUAGCGGUGGUGACGUGAAGUCAUGUGACCAUGCUUUACUUCCUUUAUAGCCUAACGUUAGCCACUUUUAGCUUAGCGGUGUUGACGUGAAGUCAUGUGACCGUGCUGUACUUCCUUUAUAGCCUAACGUUAGCCACUUUUAGCUUAGCGGUGGUGACGUGAAGUCAUGUGACCGUGCUGUACUUCCUUUAUAGCCUAACGUUAGCCACUUUUAGCUUAGCGGUGUUGACGUGAAGUCAUGUGACCGUGCUGUACUUCCUUUAUAGCCUAACGUUAGCCACUUUUAGCUUAGCGGUGUUGACGUGAAGUCAUGUGACCGUGCUGUACUUCCUUUAUAGCACUUCAGAAACCAUAUCUUAUGUCGGCUGUAGAGUUUAUACAGAGCUUACUUUCUGCAAUAACCUAAAAUCCAAUGGAGAAAUCCUAUUGGCUUUUUGUUGAGAGAACCAGGGAGAUGAUGCCUUCAGGGUCAGCUUACAAAAAUCCAUCAUCCCUGCACCGCUUUUUAUUAAAACACAAUCACCUCAUGUGUUUAAUGAAAGGCUUUGACAGAACUGGUACAUGACCACCAGCAUACAUACAUACAUACAAACAUCCGAUCCUAUUCUGUGUUUGGCAUCAAAUGCUCAGGUAACAAUAACUAACUGCAUGAUGGUAUUUGUAGACGAACAUCUUAGGAGGGAAAAAUACUGAUAUUUAGUGGUUGAAGUUGAUUUCUUACCUUUUUAAUCGUGCUGCUUUGUUCUUUUCUUUUAGGUGGGGCACGGUCUAUCAGUUAUUGAGCAGCAGCAUGCUUAUGGUUGCAUUCCUCCUCUCUGCUCAUUACAGACUUCUAGAUAAGUCAACAGUUCGCAGAUAACGCCCACACAAGAAUGUAAAACAACCGUCACCUUUAUUUAUACGGAGUCUUAAACCCUUCAUUUGAAUUAGACCCAGUUAAUGAGGAAGUAAUGAUGGUUUAUUACAACUUUAAAAGUCCAGGCCAUUGUCCCUCUGACGGUGUUACUGCCCGCUUUUAGGUAUUAUUGCUGUGCCUGUUAUUAUAACAAAUGUUUCCUAUGACAUGAAUGUAGUUCAGUGAUAGCGGUGGCAGAUUUACGACUUAAAUAUAUUUAACUUUUUAACCUCGAUUGUAAACUAAAAUUGCCUCUUUCAGUAGGUUCUUGUCAAUUUUGCUUGAUGAAAUGACAACUGCAGAUUUGCUUAGCUUUAGCUAUGUAGUAAUGCCUGAUUUAUAUUCUGUGUAUUGAGAUGUUAUUUUCCCCUGAAGAAUUUACAGGAAAGUCAGAAUAAAAAUAAAACAGUCUGAAAAAUAGAUAAAUAAUAAUCUAAUUUAAAUGAUAUGCAGUACCACCACAGCCUACUAAAUGUAGCUUUGAAGUCAAUUUUCCUUACAAAAAAAGGCUUGUUUUAAGUCGUCUUUUGGCUCGUUAACAACAAUACUCAUCGCCUUUCCCCCGAAUGCAAUAGAAAAAAUGUCCCCUAAAGAAAACCAAAGUUGUAAUGAACCAGAAUGAUCCUUUCUUUAAGUCAAAACCAAGAACACUACUAUAGAGCCUCUGUUCAAAACUCAUGGCAAACAAAUCCAUGCAUGAAGAUGUAAUGAUCUGAAGUUGUGACAUGAAUAUUCACAGCCAUUUAGAGCUGGACAAAAAGAUGGAGUGAAUGUCACGGAAAGCACUUUUCACGUUUAUAUGUAUUCCUUGUGAACUUCCUGCUGCGUUAUAUAUCACUCAGAAGAUGUGAGGCAGCGUGAUAAUGGCUUUUUGGUUACGAACGUCAGCCAACGGUCUACUUAUGCAUGCAGUGCCUCCCCUUCAGGGAGACGACACCAGCAACAAUCCUCCAUGAGCCAGACGCUCUCUUAUAUCGGGAACAUAAUACUGUUGUGUUGAACUUGAUCUCCUCUCACUGUGUCACUGGCUCUCACAGUAAUCCCUUUCUGCAUGCUUCCACAGGCUCUUUUUUUAAGCCUAUUAAGUUGUUGCAGCAUUUUUUUUGGGGCUUUCAGGUCAUAAAUAAUGAGUGCACUUUUUAACACAUUUUACAGCCGCCUUUUCAAAAACUAGUCUCUGAUCCCAAACUGAUGGAGAACAAAAUGGACUUAAAGGGACUGUGAAUGAGCAGCAACUCGGACAUCUUUGGAGGAUUACUUAGGAUAACUUAACCCUUAAAUGGGCAUUCAAUAUAUUGAUAUUAUCUCAUUUACUUUGGACUGUAUUACACCCAUGCUACACUGUUACAGACCCUUAUUACACCCCUAUGACAUAUUGUCAUUGAACCCAUGUUACACCAUAAUACAACCGUAUUACACCCAUGUUACACCGUUAUAAGACCCAUGCAACACCAAUAUUACCACCAUAUUACAUUGUAAUUACACUGUUAUCACACCCAUGCUACACUGUUAAAAACCCUUAUUACACCCCUAUUACACAUAGUCAUUGAACCCGUAUGACACCCAUGUUACACCGUUAUAAGACCCAUGCAACAUUAAUAGUACCACCAUAUUACACUGUUAUUACAACACAUUUUACACAUGGGCGCAACCUAUCAAAUACAUGUAUCCCCCAGGAUGAAAAACAGCUGACUGAUUACUCGUAAACGUUGACUAUUGCCAAUAUGUAUCUGCUACAGCGCCUACAAUUCUCCCGCCUUUUUUUGUUUCACUUCCUGUCGUGAUUGCGGUUGAGAUUUGCCUUAUUUCCUGAAACUCGACCUCGUUGAUUUUGCAAACGCAGAAGUUGUGUUUGUCAUGGAUCAGUAUUUAAAAUCAAAUUAUUUUUCCUGCAGGACAUCCAUGAUGCUUUGGACAAUUCAAGAAUGUGUUUUGCUGCUCAAAGCAAAGCAAAGGAUGAUGGGUAAUGGAGUCUUUUCCUGCCACAUUAAGAGACUAAGCUUCCUGCAAAGUAGCUUCUUUUUUUUUGCCAAACAAGAGGUCGAUCUUGGGUUUUAAGAGAUGUUUGGUUGUAUUAAAUUCCUUUGCACAUGUGUAAAUACUGUACAGCGUG